UCACCAUCAUAUGUAGCGCAGAUACGUCUCUGCGUGUAGCUAAUGCUAGACAGGUUGGGGAUUUCUUGAAAAACCCUCUGGAUCCGCCACUGUUCUUGUGUCAACAUUAUUUUUUCUAAUCACAUGCCACCAUAUAAUGAAUGAGUUUGUAACUGCUUAUAUAGUUCAGAUUUAUUAAAAUGAAGACUGUUAACGGGUAUUUUUUAGAGAUUGAGCAUAAUAGCCUAGGUUGACAAAUGAUUGCGCAAUCAUCAUUACAAGAUCUACUGGAGUUGUCGACCUUGCUUUUUUAACUUCCUUCCAUUUGUAAACAGUAACCAUAAUGUUUAGGCACAGGUAGGCCUAUUUUUACAUAUGAAGAACGCUGUAAAUAACGAUGACAAUGUGAAACACUGAUGCUUCUUAGCUUGUUUCCUCUAAACGUUUAAGUUCAGGAUACUUUUCUUUAAGAUCGGCCUACAAUGUAGCUAUUGCACAAUAUAGAUUUAUAGUUUCAUCUGACUUUCGCACUUCCGGUGAUGUGGUACUGGUUGUGAAAUGUAUGUUCUAUGUAUAUAUAUAUCAGAGGUGUGAGAAGUGCUGUUUCACUUCCAUGUUGAAGAUAACUAAUAAUAAUAAUUGUUACACUUAAGCAAAUGUUUUUUUAGAACUGUAAUAAGUUAAAUUUAUAUAUUUUAGCAAAUGAUAUUUUAGAACUAGGUAAGCAGGUAAGUGUAUAUCAGAAUUUGGAUGUCGAGUUCAUUAAAUAAUACCCGUCGUAACAAUAAGAUGAACGAACAAGAAGAAAUUGAUGAUGAUUCUCGUCUGGCUAAACGGCUGUGUUACCUCCUAAGGUACGGGGCUGUGAAGGAAGGACUGGACAUCCACGAAGGAGGAUUUGUAGAUCUCGACCAGGUGGUUGACCUCAAUCUGAUGCGCCACGAUAAGAAGGAAGAGAUCCUAUCGGAAGUGGAAACCUCACUCUCCACACGAGGGGCAAAGCGUUUUGAAUGCAAGGAGGAAAAUGGCAAGACCUUAAUCAGAGCUUGCUUCUGUGUUAAUUUUGAGGUGAACCCUUGUCACAGUGGUACGAAGGUGACAACGUUACUGAGCUCUUGUUUGGACUAUGUCUCCGACAAUCUCGAGUUGUUUGACCUGGAGGACUUCCCAGACGAGUAUCUUAUUAAUAACAUGAUUCACAGACUAAAAAAGAAGAAGAAAUUGAACAGUGCUGCUUUUCGUCAGCUGCUUGUACCGACCCUACAUCACCUUAACCUCGAUAAUAUCUACCUCACCGAAGGAACUUUAAAAAAUGUCUUUAAGUCGUGUCCUCAUCUCCGCAUCCUCAGCCUCAAGGAUUGUGGAUACCUCAUGACCGACAACCUAAUGGAACAGCUCGUUAAGAAACUUCCCCAUUUGGAGUCUGUAAACCUGUGUGCCUGUAAGCAUUUAACAGACCGAUCGAUGAAGGCUUUGUGUCAUAACAGCAAACAUUUAAAAGAGCUCAACCUUUCGUGGAUAAGAAAUAUAUCAGAAAGUGCUAUCAUAGACCUAGUGAGGAAUUGUCCUAAUCUUGACCACUUGGAUAUUUAUGACCACAAAGUGUCCCGGGAAGGGAUAGAAACCUUGACGGAAAUGGCCAAGGAUAGGAAUAUAACUAUAGUGUUGAAGGGAUUAACAGACUCUGAAGUAGCACCAGAAAACCCAUGUGCCAAACUUCCAUUUUUCGGAAAACAAUGCCACUGAUAGUAACACUUGGUAUUGAAUGUGUAUGCAAUAAGUAAAUUUAGCGAAUUCUCCACGCCUCCCACCCCAAUUUUUUUUUCUUAUUUCGAACUGUGAUACCAUUUAAACAAAUUAUGAAAUAAUGUGUAUGUUAUG